AUGCAUAUUGCUUUUUAGCAAGAAACCACUUAAAAAACAGGCUCUUCUUUUUAGGAAGGAAAAAAGGAGCACAUCUCUUAUCAUGUUACUUUUCUUGAAAAUAGCUGUUUGUAUUCUCAUUAAAUAUCAACUGCUCAAACAAUGUUUCUAACUUAAUUUGCUCUGCAUCUGAAGUUCAAUAUUCUGUAGGUUCUUCCAAAGACUCUCACCAAUGUUAUCUCCUUCAACUGCAUGGAUCUUCUUCUACAUUCCACUCAUCCUCUCCUUCCUAUUCUCUGGUUCUAUUGCUGUCCAUCCUAUCUCACUCAGUGGAACCUGCCAUGACACUUGUGGCACAAUCCCUGUGAAGUUCCCUUUCGGUACUGGCUUCGGAUGUGGUCACCCUGAGUUUGCUAGAUAUGUUAGAUGUAAUUCCGGCACACUAGAAUUCUCAACUGCCACUGGCUUAUACGAUAUCUCCUCCAUUGAUUAUCCAAGCAAUACGCUAACUGUAGAGGAUCCUCUCAUGUCAACUUGCAGUUCAAUGCAGAACUCGGGAAGCUUUAGCUUGGAUCGAGCUAGUCCUUUCACUUUAACAAGAGACAAUAUCUUUGUUCUGCUGGGAUGCUCUACCACAUCUCCUGUAUUUGAUCCAAAAGAAGAUCUAUGUAGUACUGGGUCAGUUACUCGUGUUUGUCGAGGAUUGUAUUCGUGCAAGGGAGUCUCGGGCAUUGGGUUACCGCAGAAUGCACCAGAUUCUAGUUGCUGCGUUUACGAAUCACCUAUUCAACUUGCAGGCUACACACUGGAUCUUCCCAAGCUACAAUGCUCUUCAUAUACGUCAAUAUACAGUUUUGGGGGCAGUCAAGGAGAUCCGAUGAAAUGGAAAUUUGGGAUAUCUCUGCAGUAUAAUGGCUCAUAUUACAGUAACAUCUGCAAAGAUUGCGAAACGAGUGGGGGGUUGUGCGGCUUUGCAGGUUUAGAUCAGUCGUUUGCUUGCAUAUGCAGAAAUGGGAAGAAUACCUCCACCAGCUGCUUUGCACAGGGGUAUGCAUGGAGCGGGACAUGGGGGUCAAAAAUUCAAACCAAGUUCAGUUUUGCAGGGAUUUUCCUUGUAUGGGUGGUUCUUUCUAUUUGAAGCAGUCUUAGAAGAUUUUGCAUGCACAAGAAUUAGAAAUGGAGGUGGAAUUAAUGGCUGUGUGAACUAGCUAGCAAUAACAUUUGGAAUAUUUAAUUAAAAAUCCGGAGUGGACUAUGUAUUAAAUCUAAGUCUUGUACUCAAUGCAGAAUAUUGUGUUUAAUUGUAAUGUAUAAAAUCGGCAAAUAAUCAAAUCUCAGUUAGAUUUAUGAA